AUCGUUGAUUGAGCCAUUCCACAAUUUCCUUAGGUGGAGGCAUAGCGUAUGCCGACUCGGACGCGUAGUUAGUUGUAACGACGCGUUUUACGCGUAUUAUAUCGUACCAGACUCCCGAAAUAGAUCACUGAACGAGAAGGAUAUGCUUAGGACGGUGUAGUGAGCGGUUGUGAAUAAAGAGCAGUCACGAAGCUACAUCCUGAGCGGCACGGUUGAAGGUUCGAUCAAAAGGUCGCUACGUCGGACUUUGUCCGCAACCACCACGUACGCUUUCACGACCUUGCUCUCUGCGUACCGCGUUCAUACCACAAAUGCUGCUCUAUGUUUAGGAUAUUUCGUCCACGUCUCUGUGCUUGUCCUGGUGGUCGUUUGAUGCAGCCGUUUUCAACGGCUACAACCGCCGCAUCCCACUUACAACACAAACAACCUCGAUUACCUCGACUUCCAGUACCGAAGCUUGAUCAGACUCUUCAAAGGUACCUCACGUCUCUAGAACCUUUUCUGCUUGAAGAUGAAGCUCGUGGAGGAGUGCCCUUUGAAGAAGCACUGGCACUGCGCAAACAUUGGGCAGAGGAGUUUGAGAACGGGAUAGGCAAAACGUUGCAGGAGCGUCUUUACGCACUCGACAAGGCUUCUCCUCAUAAUUGGCUGGAUGACAAUAUCUGGCUGAAGAAAGCAUACCACGAAUGGCGCGCACCCCUCAUCGUCAACUCUAACUGGUGGCUGUCGUUCAAGAACGAUCCGACGAUUCCAGAAGACGUGUACCUUGGACUGGCGAGAGACGAGAUAAAGGGUACUGCAAUCACCAGAUGGCAAGUCCGCCGAGCGUCAUGGCUGCUACAUCGUACUUUGGAAUUCAAAAGUCGAUUAGAGAAACAGGAAGUCUAUCCUGAUACCACUAGAGAUGGUCUAUGGUUCCAACGCACUAUCGGUCUUAACUUUAACACCGCACGUAUACCUCGAAGAUCCUGCGAUACCUUCUCGCCUGUUCCACCGUCUCCAGAUCCCUCUACACACACUGUACUAGUGCACAUUCAUGACUGGCAAUAUAGCAUUGACGUCCUGGAUUCUCGAUUAGAACUCUUACCUGUCCAGACCUUAGAGCAGAGGCUCCUGUGCAUUGUGGAAGAUGCUGGUCGAAGGCUGGAGGCUCGAGAACGAGCUGUUCCUGUAGGUGUGCUCACGUCUGACGAGAGGGAUCGCUGGGCGGAGAACCUCGAACAUCUUCUAUCGCUUUCUCCCGCAAACGAAACUAUAUUCCGCGCUAUCAACCAUUCCAUCGUCGCACUCAGCCUCGAUCCCUGGACCUACGUCUUCCCAUCUCCCUCCCGCGAAUCCGCAUCUUCCUCUUCGCCUCUACCUCCGCCUGAUUCACCAAAGGAGGUCGAUGCGCAUCUUCACAACCUUCGCUCGUCGCAUUCCUCUCAUCCUGCGCACAAUAGAUGGUUCGACAAGCCGUUCACCCUGAUCGUCGAGUCCAAUGGACGUGCAGGUGCGAACGGAGAGCAUUCACCCUGUGACGCUCUAGUUCCCAGUAUAAUGGCGGAGUAUGCUGUGGUACAGGCAAUCGACUUAGAUGCGUAUGAUGAGGUUCUGGCAAUGCCGUCUGUUCAAUCUAACGAGUCCCAGACUGGUUGGAGAAGACUAGAUUGGGUGACAGACGACCGUAUAAAGUUGGAAUGCGUCGUGGCUGAGGAACGAGCACGAGCAAUUGUACAGGAUUCGGACGAUAGUGUACUCUGGUUCGAUGCAUACGGUGCCGAAUGGAUUAAGAAAAUCGCUCGUCUUGCCCCAGAUGCAUAUAUUCAAAUGGCUCUUCAACUCGCAUGGUAUCGAACGCGGGGCGAGUUCACAGCAACGUACGAGACGGCGCUCACUCGUCUCUUCCACCACGCUCGUACGGAAACCAUCCGAACGUUGACCAAAGAGAGUCGUGCGUGGGUGCUCUCUAUGAUGGAUCCAAAUGUGCCAGUCGAGACACGACGCGACCUUCUACAUCGGGCUCUUCAAACUCAUUCGCGCAUCUCACGCGCAGCAUCGACAGGCAGAGGUAUCGAUCGACAUCUUCUCGGACUGAGGUGUAUGAUACAGCCUGAGGAGCUCGCGGUUCAACCUGCGCUCUUCCAGGAUGAGCUAUUCACUCGAAGUCAGACUUGGAAGUUGAGUACAAGUGGGUUGAGUCCUGGAGAUCAGUUUCGUGGAACAGGGUUUAGUGCCUCUGAACAUGAUGGUUAUGGUAUCAACUAUCUUCCAGGUCCAAGUCUCAUCAUGUUUGGCAUAGAGUCCAAACAUUCUUGUCCCUCAACCUCUACCCAGAUAUUCAAGUCAGUGCUGAUCCAGGUAUUGCUAGACAUGAAGGAGCUUUGCUCAGCUCCACUAAAGUCACAUCUCUGACAUAUAUUCAAUACAUGUAUCAUAUAGAAGCAUAGGACCAGUACAGCAUGAUUGUAGAUACUACUACUGCAUAUCCACUUCAUCACUCCACACUGAGACAGAUGUUUAGCUAUGGCAGGACAAUUUAAGGGAAUCAGUGAAUGGGACACAUUGAAAGCCAACCCCUGUCAAAGCAGCCAAUUGAAUGGCUAAGGCCCUUUGAAGGACAGCCAUUCAAUUGGCUGUUUCACCAAUGACUGACUGUCAAUAUGCCCCAUCCUAUAUGUACAAGUUGAUGGUGCUAAUGCCUAAUAGUUGCCAGAGUCAAUAUCAUCUGGCCAAAUCC